ACAUCGAGCAGAGGGUGUUGAGGGAGUCGUCUUCUCCUUCACGCGGCAUCUUUCCUUUCUCCUUACCCCACUCUCCACUCUCCUAAUUUUUCCAUUCCCUGACCAAACCCUAGAUUCCAUCAUUCCAAAACCGAUAACCAUCCCCCCGUCGAAAAUCAACCAGGAACGGCCGGACUGUUGAUCAUACGCUGCGGAAGAUGGCGUUUCGUUCGCUCUACAGGCCGCUGGAGCGGUGCUUUGGUGUCAGAGCUGGUGGAGACGGCUUGAUGUGGCACACGGACCUCAAGCCGCACGCCUCCGGUGACUUCUCGAUCGCGGUCGUGCAGGCGAAUUCCAGACUGGAGGAUCAGAGUCAGGUGUUCUCGACGCCUUUUGGUACGUAUGUUGGCGUGUAUGAUGGACAUGGCGGACCGGAGGCUUCCAGAUUCGUCAACAAGCAUCUCUUCCCGUUUAUGCAUCAAUUUGCUGCAGAACAAGGGGGCUUAUCUGUUGAUGUAAUAAAGCGGGCAUUUAGUGCAACUGAACAAGAGUUUCUGAAUUUGGUGAAGCAAGCUCUUCCAGUGAGACCUCAAAUUGCUUCUGUUGGAUCAUGUUGUCUGGUUGGUGCUAUUUCAAAUGAUGUACUAUAUGUGGCAAAUCUUGGUGACUCAAGAGCAGUUCUUGGGCGGAGAGUUUCUGAGGAUAAGAAUAUUAAGGUGGUGGCAGAACGGCUGUCAACAGAUCACAACGUUGGAGUAGAGGAGGUGAGAAAGGAGGUUGAGGAACUCCAUCCUGAUGAUUCACAAAUUGUGGUCUACACCCGUGGAGUUUGGAGGAUUAAAGGCAUAAUUCAGGUGUCCAGAUCUAUAGGGGAUGUUUACUUGAAGAAACCUGAAUUUUAUAGAGAUCCAAUCUUUCAGCAAUUUGGAAACCCUGUUCCUCUGAAAAGACCUGUAAUAUCAGCUGAACCCUCUAUCAUUAUCAGAAAACUCAAGCCACAGGACCUUUUCCUGAUCUUUGCAUCAGAUGGCCUCUGGGAGCAGUUGAGUGAUGAAACUGCUGUGGAGAUUGUAUUGAAAAACCCAAGAGCGGGAAUUGCUAAGAGAUUGGUAAGAGCAGCGCUCCAGGAGGUUGCAAGGAAGAGAGAGAUAAGAUAUGAUGAUAUAAAGAAGAUAGAGAAGGGAGCAAGGCGUUAUUUUCAUGACGAUAUCACUGUGGUUGUAAUUUAUCUUGAUCAACAGAACGGCUCUGGAAGCAACAAUAGAUCUAAACAGAACAAUACUGUUGGCUGCACCACGGCACCUGUUGAUGUUUAUUCCUUUAAUGCAGACGAAGCAGCAGAAGAGGAUGUGUUUGACAUAAUUGCCUGAAAACAACAUAACCCAUUAGAGAGUAACAGGCUGACUUGUUCAUGUGGUGUUAUCAUACAUGUCAUGUAUUGCCUAAAUGAUGCUGGGAUUGAUUCUUGGUACGGUUUGUCAGAAGUUAUAGUUGGUCUACGUAAUCAAGUCACUAAAGAAUAGGUGGAUGCCGAUGGAAGCAGGCUGCAACAGGAUUUCCAAGUGAGGGUCUACCCCUACAUCGUCUCACAUUUGUUGAUUCUUGAUUCUGCAUUAUUUCGGUUGAUAUUAGUGAACCCCAUAAAGCAAAAUCUCCAAUUUUUGUAACUCUCUGCAUAUAGUUUGUUAAAAGAAGUUGGCUCGUGCAAAUCUUGAUAAGAGUCUUGUUAAACAUCAAUGGCUUGGGGUUUCUGCUUCCUCUCUCUUCUGUGGGCGUUCCCUCUUUGCUCUCGCUUGGAGAGUUUUUGCCGUCUGUAGUGGUUGGUAACGGUGGUACUAGGCCAUAGGGCGGUUGCUGGCGAAGCGGGGCAGCGGCUUGGGCGUUCCCUAGCUGGCUCGGGUGUGUGAUGACGCCCCUGCGGAUGCCUUAACCAUCCCGGAGUUGAAAGCAU